AUGAGAACAGACGAACAGAAGAUCAGAGGGAGGAGAGGGCGAGGACGCUUGCUCUCUGUUCUGUCCGCACCAAUGUCUAUUUAUAGGCUGAGGAAUGAGACACAAACGUUGGACAAAACAUUAACGCACAGAAUUCAGUUUCCAGAAAACUGCCAACGCCUCAGUUUCAACUUGAAAACUGCUAAAUCAAAGGUUUUUCGGGGCAAAAGAUCCUCUCCGUAUGCUUGGAUAUUAGAUCAAACUUCUGAAGAAAGGGAAAGAGGAAAAUCAAUGACAGUUGCUGUUGCAUUUUUUCAAUCAACAAAAUACAACAUUGUUUUGCUUGACUCUCCUGGCCUUGGAGAUUUUGUCCCGAACAUGAUUUCUGGGACAGCACAAAGUGAUGCGGCAAUUCUUGUGAUUGACGCAUCAGUUGGUGCGUAUGAAGUUGGCAUGGACAACAGCAAGGGACAAACUUGGGAGCAUGCCCUGCUUAUCAGAAGUUUUGGCAUCGACCAGCUUAUUGUUGCAAUAACUAAGAUGGAUGCUGUAGGAUACUCUAAAGAUCGAUUUGAGUUUAUUAGACAGCAAUUGGGAGUGUUUCUCCGGACAAGUCGUUUUAAAGACUCUUCGGGAUCAUGGAUUCCCUUGAGUGUCACAGAAAAUCAAAAUCUGGUGUCAUCUCCUUCUGAUGUUCGUUUCAAAUGCUGGUAUAAAGGCCGCUAUCUGCUAGAUGCAAUUGAUUCGCUCCAACCUCCAACUAGAGAAUUCUCAAAGCCUCUACUGAUGCCAAUAUGUGAUGUUAUCAAGUCACCCACGCGUGGACAGGUCUCUGCUUGUGGCAAAUUAGAAGCUGGAGCUCUUCGGAUUGGAUCAAAGAUCUUGGUUCUGCCAUCGGCUGUUUUGGGGACGGUUCGCACAUUGGAUCGUGAUUCUAAUGCCUGCACUAUUGCGAGAGCUGGAGAUAAUGUAGCCGUCACAUUGAAUGGUGUAGGUGCAAGUCAUGUAGUGUCAGGAGGAGUAUUAUGCCACCCUGAUUUUCCUGUUGCAAUUGCAAGUCAUUUGGAGUUGAAGGUGAUUGUGUUGGAAGGAGCAAAUCCCAUAUUGGUAGGAUCGCAGUUGGAGUUUCACAUGCGCCACUCCAAGGAGCUUGCUGAAGUUUCAAAAUUAUCAUCAGUAGUUGAUCCAAAAGCACCGUUGGCGCAAAGAUCUGUCCUUCGCAUUCUCCUUGCAAAGCAGACUGCGUUAGUUGAGGUAAUUUUGCAAAGGCGAGUCUGUGUGGCAGAAUCCUCUAAAGCUCUUGGAAGGGUGUCUCUAAGAGCGUUAGGAAGGACGAUUGCUGUUGGUCUUGUUACCCGAAUAAUCGGAUAGCAAGAUUAAUCUACGAAUUACGCGAAAAUGGUGAAAAGAAUUGUAUAGACUACCAAAACUUUCGGAAUUUUC